GUUUGUUGUUUUCUUUGUAAAUUUAAAUUUACGCCCGGAUUUUAAGUCCAAAUGACUGUUUUCGGCCUUCUUUUGUACAAGUUUAAAAUCUGUAAGUGGUCAGCAUAUAUAGUCUAUUAUUUGGUUUCCCAGUAAACAUUCCAAUUUCUGUUCCAAUAUUUGCAUUGAUGAGAUUGAAGAGAAAGUAACGCUAUAACAUAAUGAAAACGACAAUCGAGUCACAAAUGAGUAAACAACAAUCUUCUCUGAGAAGCCUGUUGUUCGGUCGAUUUAAUCCACUUUAGAAGAGCUCGAAGGAUAUGGGAUAUAACACGAUAAUUUAAGCAUUAAUAGGUUAUUGGUAAUAACGUGCAUUGAGAUUUAUAAAGACGUAAUAUACAGCAAUAGAUAGUUUGAGUGAGGCAUUAAUUUCAAAAAAAGUUUACGGCGUAACGCAUCACUGUUGCGAUUAUUGCGUCACAAUACAUAUUAACUGUUGCCAAGAAGGGUUUAGCUUCCUAGUAUUUGUGUUUUAAAUUACCUGGAAAUGUCGCCGUUAAAUGAAUUUUCAAAUGAAACCGAAAAAGAAAGUAAAGAAACCGAUAACUUAGAGGACACCCCAGUUAACGAGGUUAAGGUGUCCGAAACUGCCAUAGUGGAUGAUCCUUUACCAAUUGUUCAAUUAACAGACGAAGAAGCGUAUGAUACAGAUUUAGAAAUAGAAGAUGAAGGUAGAACCGCAUAUCGCAGUUUUACAGCUGUUGACAUUUACUUUAAAUCCUGUGAGCAACUCGGUGUCGUGCCUGCUUCUUAUUUCGUAACCCACCUUCAACAUGAAGUUAUGAAUAUGAGCCAUCAUGGAUUGGGGCCAAAUGGAACAAAAGCCAUAGCUGCGCCCCUUGUGAUAAACACUUCAAUUUUGGAAUUAAACAUCGAGGAUAAUUGGAUAACAGCCGAGGGUAUGAGAGAUAUAGCGGAUAUGUUAAUGGAAAACUGCUACAUUUCUAUUCUGAACAUAUCUCACAACAAACUUGGAUCCGAAGGCGCCCGCUACGUUGGUGAGAUGCUGCAGGAGAACACUACUUUGCGGACGCUUAAUAUUUCCCGUAAUGAUUUUAAAGAUUCUGACGGCCAGUACUUCGCAGAGGCGUUGCGUCAAAACUUCAGGUUAAAAGAGCUUGACAUCAGUGGAAACGAGUUUUGUGAAUUGGGCGGUGAAUGGAUGGGUCAAGCUAUUGCUGCUAACGAAGCGAUUGAAACACUUAAUCUCAGCUGGAAUCACCUGAGAUUAAAGGGAGCACUUGCAGUGUGUGCUGGUAUGAAAUCAAACAUCACUGUGAAAACUCUCGAUCUAUCAUGGAAUGGUUUUGCCGAUGAAGGAGCUAUGGCGAUGGGAGAGGCGUUGAAAACCAACAACACAUUAGUUUGGCUCGACCUCAGCUUUAACAGGAUUUCAGAUAAAGGUUUAACCAUGUUGGCAAAGGGUCUUGAGGUAAACGACACUCUACGAACGUUAAGGAUCGGCGACAACCCAUUCGGUGAGGAAGGAGCACUUUUGCUUAUAAAUGCAAUCUUUAAAAACGAAAAAUCGGCGAUUGAAGAUUUGGAUUUGAAGAGCGUCCGCGUAAACAGAGAGUUUCUUGAGUUGGCGGAAAAAUUACGCGGAAGAACUUCGUCGCUGGGUGGCAGUAGAACAUCUUUCACGUUCACCGUGAAAAGCAGUGAUGCUUCGACUGAACAAAGGGAGCAGAAAAUUUCCCGAGAAGAGGCCGACCCAAUGAUGGUUAUGCAGAAAUUUUUGGAAGACAAGAGGCUUCGGUUGGUUGACUUGUUCCGAAACUUUGACAAGGAUCUUAGUUGGAAGAUAUCUCCUGCCGAGUUCAAGAAAGGAAUCACAGACGCUGAAAUUCCAUUCACCAAACUUCAGCUUAAGAAUUUAAUGAACAGUCUAGACAUCGACACUGAUGGCCAGGUUAAUUACAGGGAACUUCUUAUUGGGAAAAAAGAGGCAGUGUUAAAACUACGUGAACAAAGAAGGAAGGAGGUCCGCAGGAAAGCAAAGGAAGUCGAAAAAACUGAGAACUUUCUUUCUGUGUGGCAAGAGGCGGUUAAAGCAACUACACCAAUCCACAGUAGAGACAAUUCGCCUUCAGCCUCGCCACUAAGUAGCAGAAGUCUUGUGGUUGGAACACCGGGGACCAAAAGCAGCAACGUCGUGGCUGAAGCAAGUCGCCGAUUAAAAAAAGGGCGACGCAAGUCCAAACAUGGCGCAAAGUUGAGUCCGUCUACCACUCCCCGCAGUGGUUACGAUGACGAGAUUCAAACGAGCGCUCCACAUCAUAAAGAUUUCGGAAUUAAUAAACAAUUAACACGCGGAGAUACGGAAUUACAACCCGUUACGUUACUGAUACCAGAUGUAGAACGUACUGCGAAAAUUUCAAACCAAAAAGUUUCCAAAGAUGCAAGCAGACUAUCCUCUCGCUUCAGAAGAACAGCCGGAAUUCCGAACUCCAGAAAAAUCCCCCUAACCUAGUUUUUCACCAAAACAUAUAUUCCACCACUUCAUGUACUUAGUAUCCGUUUAUUCAACACACAUCUAGUUGUAUUCCAUAGUUACAUACUAUAGAGGUGUCGCAAUUGAGAGUUUUGGUAAUAUGCACCAUUUUGCACUUAAAAUAUUUGCCAAACAUUUAAAAAGUGUU